GUCAGUUUUCCGGCCACGCCUAUGGGUUGGUUCUGCAUUAGCGUGACAUAGGACUGCAGUUUCACGUGGUGUACCAUUGCUAGAAAUAUGCAGUGUCCGAAUAGACCGCUACAUCCAGACGCUUGUCAGCCAGACUCCGUCUCAGCCGUUCAGGCCAGGGAUCUCCUUUCCUUAAACGGAGAUAUCUCUAUAUCCGCACAGCGCCGACUACUCGCCAUCGAGGAACAUCACCCCAUGCCUGUAAUUUCUGUAGCCACUUCUAAAAAGCUGCUGCCCAGCAUUCUAAACAACGCGUUAUGCAUCACGGAAGAAACUUCAAGCGGCACUGCAGAGCUGCAGCUCCGACGAACCUCAACCAGACCAGUCUCUAUAUAAAAACCACGGCCCCUAUUUUAAAUUAGCUCUAUUUUAAAUAUCGACAACUGAUGACCCCAAUGCCACCAAUUGUUUUCCCUCAAACGUGUCCACCCGGUGUGGACAGCUCCAUGUCUGUUCUCGAGGUGAUCAACAAGCGUACUCCUAUGGACCACGACUUACUCGACGGAGUGUACACGGUACCAAACUCCCAGUCCAAUAACGGAUCGCCGGUGUUCCGUAGCAAAGCCUGUAACCAUACUAAAGAUAACAAUUUGGUGACAUCUAUCCACCCCAGUCUCCAGACCAUCCACGACUACUUCGAAAUGGCGGUCGAGCUGUACGGGAAGAACAAGUGUUUUGGCUUCCAGAGGCCUCUGGACACCAGCUACCAGUUCAGAACCUACGCAGAGGUGGCACAAGCGCGUGCCAGCUUUGGUUCUGGGUUGGUACGCUUCAUCCGUUCAUUGGGAUUCGAGCAGCAUCACCUUCGUCUGGAAGACAAAGACUUUAUUCUUACGGUAUUCUCCCCAAACACCUACGAAUGGCUCAUCACCGACUUGGCCUGUAGUGCCUACGCCAUCUCCACCACCACUUUGUAUGAUACCUUGGGGGCCGAGUCGUCAGCUUACAUUUUGAGUGUCACCAAGUCCCCCGUGGUUUUGCUCACAUCUGAAAAGGUCGAGGCUUUCUUGCUCAUGGUGAGCAACGCAAAAUUGGCGUUCAUCAGGGCCUUGGUCAUUAUGGAUGAGGAAUUCGCCACUCCAAUCCCCGGAGCUGCCCGGAAAUUGGCCAGCACGUUGUCCGUGCAAUUAGUAUCGUUUUCCGAGCUCACAGCGAGUGGAACGACUGAUCUCCUCGACUAUAUCCCACCUACACCCGACAGCUUGUACACAAUUUCGUUCACCUCCGGUACCAGUGGAAACCCCAAGGGUGUAGAAUUGUCUCAAAGAAGUGCUGUCGCUGGUCUCACGGCCAUUUAUGCCUCCAUAACCAAGCCAGACUUAUUGCGCACCAACUCGGAUAUCUACAAGUCGUUGUGUAUCUUGCCGUUGGCACAUGUGUACCAACGUUUGAUUUUCUACUUCGAGUUGUGUAUCGGGGGUACGAUUUUUUUACCGUCUAAUCCACGGGACCCAAAGCAGAUUAUGAUGGAUAUUGCUGCGAUCAAGCCGACGCAUUUGGUGGGGGUUCCGCGUAUUUUUAAUCGUAUCGACGCUGGUAUUUCUAGUAAAAUCGAAUCUCUGAACAUUAUCACUCGGUUUUUAUACAAACGAUGCAUGUUAUACAAGGAACAACAAUAUAAGGUGGGAGUACAUGUCACCAACCACUGGCUCUAUGACAAGUUGUUCACCAAAAAGAUCAAGGCCGCAGUAGGUCUCGAAAACUUGCAGUUGGCCGUCACCGGCUCCGCUCCCAUGUUGCCUGAAACCAUUCGGGACUUGCGCUACAUCUUGAACACCGAAUUUCUCCAAGGAUACGGUUUGACAGAGUCUUUUGCAUGUAUCUCAGUACCGUUAGCCGAGGAUGAGUUACUUCCGCAGAGCUCCGGGUACAUCAUGAUCUCCACCGAAUUCAGAUUAAAGGACGUGGCGGAUAUGAAGUACACCUGGGCCGAAAAUAGGUCCGGAGAAAUCUUGUUACGUGGACCUCAGAUGUUUGAGCGGUACUACCAGGACCCCGUUAAGACCCGCGAGAGCGUAGAUGACGACGGCUGGUUUCACACGGGUGAUAUUGCGAUGCUCGAUAUGGACGGCCGUAUUAAGAUCAUCGAUCGAGUCAAGAACUUCUUUAAAUUGUCGCAGGGCGAAUACAUCUCGCCGGAAAAGGUGGAGAACGUCUAUAUGCAAGCCAAUCCACUGACAUUGGCCCAGGUUUUCGUGUAUGGCGAUUCUUUCCAGUCCUUUUUGGUGGGUGUAGUGGUCAUGAACGAGCUGGUGUGCCGCGACAUGUGUAAGGCCUCUGCCUCUGCAGAGUUGAAGUUAUUAGCCUCGCAGACUGGUGACGUCUGGGCCGGAAACGUGGAGCUCAGAAAGGAGGUGUUGGCACAGCUCAACAAAAACGUCCGUACUACCGGCUUGCUCAACGGGAUGGAGAUGUUGAAAAACAUCCACCUCUUCUUCAACAAUGAUAUCGAGAGCGGCCUCAACUUGGGAUUCACCGAGGCAAACGGCUUGAUGACUCCGACCUUGAAGAUCAAACGUUACAACGCCAACCAGUAUUUUGAAGUUCCGUUGAAAGAGUUAUACACGGAGGGUGACUUGACCGGUCCUCUUAAAGCGAGCAAAUAGUUUGAGAAUAAGAUAUAUUCCUCAUAAUUUAAAUCCAGAUAUAAUAUAUGACCGU